AUCAUAAUCUCAAUUUUAGGUUUGUUACCAUUUUUUUGUCCAAUUUGACUGUCAACUGACUGGCGUUUUAAGUGUCUGUGUGUUUCUACUGUAACCCAUUAUCAAUUACCUUUUGUUAUCGCAUAUUGGAAGUUAUUGGUUAAUUUUUUUAUUUUUUUCUGUGUCUUCUCUAAUUCGGAUUUUACCAUGAAUUCUGGAGAUUUAAUUCUUGUAACCGGUGCAUCUGGAUAUGUUGCAACGAGUGUCAUCAAGCAAUUGCUUGAGGAGGGUUUUAAAGUUCGUGGAACUGUUCGCAGUCUUACCAAUGAAGAGAAAACUGAACCACUUCGAAAGUUGACCAAUGCUGAUAAAAAUCUUGAAUUGGUUGAGAGUGAUCUUCUCAAGGAGGAAACAUGGAAAGAUGCUGUUAAGGGAUGUAAAUACGUUAUCCAUGUUGCAUCGCCUUUCCCAUUGACCAUUCCAUCGGAUCCCGAUGAACUAAUUAAACCUGCAGUCGACGGUACCCUUAAUGUACUCAAAGCUUGUGCUGAGGUUGGCGGAGUUAAACGGGUUGUCUUAACAAGCUCAAUUGUUGCUGUUUAUGAUCCAUCCAUUCCUCCUCCCAAGGAGCACGAAGAGGAUAAAGCUUUUACUGAAGAAGAUUGGACAAACAUUGAAGACCCGCAUCUUGAUGUUUACGCCAAAAGUAAAGUUUUGGCUGAAAAAGCUGCUUGGGAUUUCGUUAAAGAGUUACCUGAGGAAAAGAAAUUUGAAUUAGUAGCCAUAAACCCGGGCCUCGUUUUGGGUCCUCUUUACAGUAAAGUUGUACCAACCAGUUUGGAUUUGGUUCGCCGACUCUUGGACCGAGCUACUCCAGCCGUGGCCAAACUGUGCCUACCAAUUUGCGAUGUUCGUGAUGUUUCUCAAGCUCAUAUUAAGGCACUCACGGCUCCUGAGGCUGCCGGACAUCGACACAUAAUUGUCACUGAUUCUGUUUGGAUGAAAGACAUCGCCAUGGUAUUGCAUAAGGAAUUUAAACCUCUUGGAUACUCAAUACCAACUGUUGUUGCACCCAAUUUCUUUGUCUGGAUGUCUAGUUUCAUGGACAAAACUUACAAACUUGUCCUUCCUCGACUCAGCCGAGACUUUAAAUAUGAUACUAAAAGAAUGACCGAAGUUUUGGGCAUUACUCCAACAGAAUAUGUCAAGACUAUAGUUGAUAGUGGUCAUAGUCUGAUUGAAAUGGGAGCAGUUAAAAAGCCCAAGAAAUCCAAGAAAGCCAGGGAGCCUGAAAAAAUCGAUGAAAAUGAAGGUAAAGAAAGCAACGAGAAUGGAGUAAAUAGGGAAUCUGAGGCUGCUGACAAAUCUGCAACCAAUACCACCGAAGCAUCAGCCUUACCCACCGUAUCUUAAAGCAAAUGAAAAGGAUGCAAAAACGUAACAAUACGAUUACUUUUAUGGUGCGCACAAUGCGAUUAAAAACCGCUCUCCAAGAAAAUAAAAUAUAAUAGGAAACAAAAAAACGCCACAAAAGCAUUAAAAGAAACCCAAAAUUUCUAUAAUGAUUAUAUAUUCAACGCUAAACGAAACAACAACAAACAACAACAAUGAUUUUAAAUAUUCAUCACUAAACACACGACAACUCCCCUCAAGACUCAGAGUUUUUUAUCAUACAAAAAUAUAUAAAAUUUUAUUGAUCAAUUUGAAGAUUGUUUUAUCUUCACUGCAUGUUUGAAUCUCUUUCCUUCUUUAUACAAUUUCUACAUUUUUCUAUUGCUUCAGCUAUUUCUUUCAACUGUAAGCUUCCUAUUUCCUCUUUUUCUUACCAGUCAACUUUAUCUUCCUCCUUUACUAUGCGCUUUUUUAUCCAAUAUUCAACUCGCUACUUCCAUAAUUAUCAGCAUUUUUACUGUCCAUGCAUUGUAAGCAUUUUUGACAAUCCCAAGUUUGUACUUGAUCCCAAGGAAAGGAAGCAAAAAUCGAUACCAGUUAUCAACAUUUUGGAAUCAAUUUCCACUUUGCUUUCAAUAUUGUUUCAUCUCACAGCCACUCAGCUUCAUGAUCUUUCAACCCUCAAACUUCAUCCUGAUAUGUCUGCCCACUCCAGAUCCAUGUGGAUCUAUCUGUGUGUGUCUACCUUUUAUACCCUUUUUAACCUUGGCUUGAUCAAUUGAUUGCAAAACUUGAAACUCACGGUGCUAGUUGAUUAAAUAAUUGUCGUUCUUUUUAUCAAAUCAAAAAAUAAAUUGUAAUUCCAA